AAAACUUGUAGGCAAAUUCUACGGCUGUUUCGUCAAUAGAGAGCUACCAUACGAACAUGCUAACGGCUAGCUAGCCGAUCAAGUGAAUACGUCAACAGCCCAAACAACAAGAUAAGUUGUCGUUUUUUCAGGGUUUACGACACAACAUCGAGUUUCAGUGCGUUUGAAUUAUCUUUCUCUACACGGACGACUUCCCUCUGGCCUUUUGAGGUAAUAUCGAUGCUAGCAGCUAGCCGCACCGUGUAGCUCAAUGCGGGUCACUAGCAUGGACCUGUUGGACCCCCAGUUCCUGGAUAAAAUGAACAACAACAUUGGAAGGCUGCAUUACGAAGGUGACGCCAGGAUACCCUCGCUGCCCAGCACCAUGCCCCACAUGAGAACAGGCCCUCCGCCCAUCUGUCCAAGCAAAAGGAAGUACGGCGAGGAGAAGAUGGACGACCACAUCGAGUGUGACACGGACCAUGGCAACAAAAUGAGCAGGCUCUUUGCAACACAACUAGCCCAGCAUUCUGGCGGAGACAAUCGCAACGAACACUGGAGCCUCAAUCACAGCCCCGCCGAGUGCAUCACGUCCUCCUCCAACGGGCUGUACCACCGGUACGGCUCCGCCCCCGACUACGCCAUGGAGCAGCCCCUCGCUUUAACCAAAAGCAGCCCCCCCUCGGGGAUGGGGGGCGGGGAGAGGUCUGGGUUUGCCGGUCCAGCGGAGCGCCAACAGAACCGCCCCUCUGUCAUCACCUGCGCCCCGGCCAGCAGCCGGAACUGCAACAUGUCUCAGUGCCACAUGAACGGCUGCCCCCCCAACCCAGCAGCCGACCAGAGGAAGGCCAACGUCAACACCGUCUGCGACCCCGUGAUCGAGGAGCACUUCCGCCGCAGCCUGGGGAAGAACUACAAGGAGCCCGAGCCCGUCCCCCGGCCGGUGUCCAUCACCGACUCGGUGGACGACCACUUCGCCAAAGCCUUGGGGGAGACCUGGCUGCAGAUCAAGGCCAAGGGCGGGGGCCCGCAGAGCCCCGAGUCCGACUCGUGAGGCGGUAGGGGAGGUGGCCCCCUCGCUGGACGGCCGUGCUGAAUCACAGUGGCUCCCUCCAGGGGCCGCCGUGCCCGCCUAGCACCAGAGGGCUGUGAGUAUUGUAAGAGAAGUGUUAGAGUGGAACUUGCCUGUAGAGGUGGGUCAUGUGUGGGCCUUGAGGGUCUGAACAAAACGAAAUUCACACGUGGUCUUUGUUUCUUUUUUUGUUGUCAAGAAGGGGUGUACGUGUCCUAAAGUGUGGACCCUCCAUGAUUGAUUGUCCCGCGUUGGGGGGACUGUACAAUCGGAUAACAUUUUUUGCUUCACACUAAGAAACGUCUGAACACGUUCUGUAUUAACUGCUCUUCUCCUGCCUUGUGAACCAAAGAAAUCUCCCCCCCCCUUCCCUCCAAACAUACACAAGCCAUAGGUUUGGCUCAUCUGUGCAUAGCUCAAACUUUCUUUCACCCUAUGUUUGUAGAGCCCUUCUUUUCAUAAAGCUUUGGUUUAUUUUUAUUUUUUUUAUUGUUAUUAUUUGUUUUUAUAUAUAUAUAUAUAUAUAUAUAUGGACAGCUAGAUCUGGUUUGACAGAGUAGGCAGAGAUGAGGUUAUGUUUUCUUUGUUAGUGUUUGAAACGUAGAGAAAGAAAUCGAAGAUCAGUUUCUCUUCCUGGACUUUCUAUUCUCUCUUAAUCCAUGUAAUCAUUACUUAUUUUAAACUGGACUAAUCCACUGUUAAGAAAGAUACAAUUUAAUUUAGUUUUGAAUCUAUAUACUCACUAUGGUUGAUUAACUUGGUAAUCUAGUAUGGAUAGUAGGCUCUUCCUCCUAAAUAGAAAGCAUGUGUCAAAUAGCUGGGUUCUAUUACAAACUAUUCUGUUCUAUUUACCCUCAGAACUUUAUUUUUUAUCAGUUUUAUUUGAACAGUUUUAGGAUUACUCACUGCUGGGACAGUUGUACGCAAUAUGUUUUUGUAUCCGUUUUCUCUUCGUUAGUAUAUAUAAAUAUAUAUAAAUUUAGAUAUAUACUUUAGCAUCCACCAGAAUAAUCACAGCCUCUGGCCAGGUUGUCAGCAUGCAGUGUAAUGGGCUUGAUUGCUUUUUUACUCUGUGAUACAGGAUGCUGGAGCUUCAUACCUGACUGAAGACGGCUAUUAGUAAGAAUCUCGAGUUUUCUAGUUUAAAAAAAAUCAACAAAAACGAUCGUUUUUAACGACUAUUUAUUCAGAGCAUAACUUUUACUUCUGGUAGCCUAACUUCAGGAUAUGACGAUCAAUCACUUUUAAAACGACCCACCCCAAACAUUCCUUUUUAUUUUUUUUUGUUAUUUGUUAAGAGAUUUCAAAGCACAAGCAGCGCUCUAGUCCCGAGAUGUUAGUAAUGCGAUUGGACGUUCACAUUCCACCAUUAAUGCUCAUCAUUGGUCAGCACCUUGGAAGAGUUUAAAGCGUAAGUGCUAUUGUUACAAGUCGGUUUAGGGAGGCCAGUGGUGGUGAGCGGUGGAGACCUGGGUGAUGGUGGGAUCUGUUAAAACGUCUAUCAGCAAUACCAGUCUGAAGAACACGUGUCCUCAUUGUCAAAUUUCUUUUGAUAACCCUUCAGAGAUUAUUUUUUAUUUACUUUAAAACAUGUAUGUGUCAACACUGAUAAGAAAAAAAAAUUGUAUUGUAAGUUUGUUUUUUAUUCUAGUUUGUAAAGAAAAAAUGCUAUAUACAUACUCUCUAUUCUCUUUGGUUAUCCUAUGACUAUCAUUAUGCCGCGCAUAAUGAAAACUACUUUUUUUUUCAUUAAGAACAACAUACUGGUAUGUAGCAUCGAUAUUCAUUGUCCUCCAACAAGAAAUUUUCUUCUUAAAAGUUGAUCUUUUUUCAUAACGGUCUCCUAGUGUAUUUUGGUGCCAGACUUUUUGAGAAAAAUGUUUUCUUUGUAAAGAAAAAUAAUAAAAGGUGGUUGAAGUAAACCCUCCGUACUAACAGAGUUAGUUCUGAGGUAGACUGGUGUCAAAGGUUGAACUUAAGGGAACGUCCUCAGAUCCACUUGUUUGAUACAAGCUGGGUUUCUUUGAGAUGCCGUUGGGGUAAUAUUUAAUUUCUAUAUUUAGACUGCUUGUGCCUCAGAGACAAGUUUCACAAACUAACUGCUCCAUGUGUUUUUCACUUGGGAAUUUCUUAUUUUGUAACUUUUUGGCCUUAUUUCUCCGGAAGAAAAUGUCACAGUUUUGUACUCUGAUUUCUUCUUAAUAAAUAUGUAAAUGCU